AGCAGAUACCCAAAGCAUUCGGUUUCCUCUUUCGUGUCACACGUUUUGUAUUUCGCCUACGGAGAUAAAGGGUAGGCCUAAAUGUUGUCGUCCCGCCAUUUCUCCACAAUCGAAAACCCUAAUUCCCCCUCGGCAACUCCAAUAACAAAACCCUAAUUGCUUCUUCCUUCUGCUCUCUCCCCUUCUUACAGCAUGGAAAAACCCUAGUUCUUCUUCUGCAACCCCCGAAAUCCUACUUAUCCGAUCUCCUCCACCUCUUUCCGCCACUUUUUCGAAGGGAAAAAAACACCUAACCCUAACCCUAAAUUGAGCACGCUCCUUUGGUGCUCCAUGGAUUACUCCGCUGUUGGAGAACCCCAAGUUCCCGGUCAACCCCAAGCUCCACAACAGCAAGAGCAAAAUCAAACCCUAGAACAACAACAACAACAAUACUAUGAGCAGCAGCAACAAACCCUUAAUGAAUACCAGAACCAGCAAUACCUAGACCCUCAAGCUCAGCAAAACCAGGCAUAUUAUGCAUACUAUGCCCAAAACCAACAAUAUUAUCCCCAGCCCACAGAAACCUCUGAAACUUAUCAGUAUUACCAGCCUGAAUAUGGAAACCCUAAUUCAAAUUUACAGGCAUGGCCUAGCCAUGGUUAUGGACAACCUGAUCAAGCAAAUUUACAGGCAAACCAAGCAAAUUUACAGGCAAAUCAGCCAAACUUACAGGGGAAUCAGGCAAAUCAGCCGAAUUUACAGGCGGCAGCGGCUCUGGUUGGUUUGGCUGAGCUCUCUCAGAUGGCAGCCAUGGCUCAGGGUAUGAACCAGGCUGCAGGGUCGAGUAUGAACCAGGUGGGUGGGGAUUUCUCUCAGAUGUCCCCUUAUAGGGAGCCACCGUGGAAGAGUGGGGCUUUUGUUCAGGGGUCGGUGCCUAGGCCUCCAGGAGUGGGAUAUGGGCACAGGCCCUUUGGACCAGGUGGAAGACCCCCUUUUAGGGGCGGUUUUACUGGAGAUGGAGGUGGCAGAAGGGGUGGGGCCGCUCCAUAUAGAGGCGGUGGAAGAAGGGGUGGUGGUCCAUUCAACCACUAUGCUCCAAGACCAGAAGGUGUGGCCCCACCAACCUUCCCUAAUUUUGGUCGAGGUCGGGGCCACCCAAAUUUUUCUCGGGGUGGGACCUUGAAUUUUGCUCGCGGUGGGGCUCCCCCUUCUAUUGCUCAGGGUAGAGGCCGAUUUAUUGGGGAAAAGGGCAAGCGGGCCUCACAAACACCAGCACAACCCCAAAUAUUUCCAUGUGACAUAUGCAAAGUAGAAUGCAACAGCCAGGAAAUUCUCAAUCAGCACCUCAGUGGUAAGAAGCACAAGAAAAACCUUCAAAAACUUCAGAAUGACAUUCAGACUCAGAGUGCUCCGACUUCCCUAUCUCAGCCAUCGAUUCCUGGAUCACAAAUACUGAUCUCUGAAUCUGGACCACCCAUCUCAGACUCUCAACCCAGGCCCUCCCUGGAGGGAUCUCAACCCUCCAUCACUGAGCCUUCUUUUCAACUUGAAAACAACCCCUCAAACUUACAAGAGACCCAACAAGAGAUCAUGAAAAAUGGAAAUGAGACUGAGAAACCCUUAGGAGAGUCGGUACCAACCGAGCAGCUUGUGACAUCAGUUGAGCAGCCUGUAGGCUCGGCUGAGCAGUUGCCAAGUGAGAAGGCAGAGCCAUUGGAUACAGAUGCUAAAAAGCCAGAAUCUAAUUCAGCUAAUGCUAGGCCUUUUAGGCGUGGUAACUUUAAGAGGCAUAAUCCUAGGUUCAAUCCCGACAUGCGUAAGGCUAAGCGACAAAAGCAUAGCAAGAAAGCUGAGACCAUUAGGGAGCAACCUAAAGUGUGUUCACUGUGCAAUGUCACUUGUGAUACACAGGCUGUUUUCGAGGUACAUCUCGCUGGCAAGAGGCAUAUGUCAAGAGUGAAGAGGUUGCAAGCCCAAGACCUCUUCAGGAACCAAGGCCAGCAUUCAGGUGCCCCCCCGCAAGCGUCACAAGCUGUUUCAUUGAAUCCACCUGUUCUCCCAGCACAGGUCAACCAAGCAGGUUCUGCCGAGGCCCAACAGGUGAUUUUCUCUCAGCCCCAACAAGUGGUUUCUGAUCCCCAAAUUCAGCAGGCAGUUUCAAAGCAAAGUCCAGCACAGGGUGGUGAAGUGGUUCUCGAAAGUCAAACCCAACAAGUGAGUUCAGUGGUUUUAGGGGAACAAACCCACCUAGCAGCUUUGGACCCUCCCACCCAAAAGGUGGUUGUGGAGAAUCAAACCAAACAAAUGGUUUCAGAUGCUAAUGGCCAGACCCGAGAUCAGGUCCAGCAAGCUUUAAAUGAGAAGCGGGGCCCUUCAGAAGUUUCGAAUGGAGAGAAGGCAAGUCUUGGGGUGGAGAAUUCAGUUGUAUCUAUAGAAGCCUCAACUCCUGGUGUAGAUGUCAAAGUUGGAGAGACUAGUAAAGCUGGAAAUGGAGAAGCUGGCAUUCGAGAUAUUGAGGUAGAGUAGUGCUGGCAUUAGCCAUUCUGGUUUCAUGACCACCUCUUUUUCGCUGUUUCUUUGUUUUUUGUUUUCUUGGUUGAUAAUCUGCUGUGUCCUGAGAUGAUUUCUGGGCAGCAGUUUUGACAUGCGGGAUCAAAAGUUUAUUGAUUCAAUUUGAACUUAGUUACUAGCUACAACACUUAAUGACAGGAUAUUUGUAUGCCUAUGAAUAUUCGGGGAUUGGCAUAAAGCUUUCUUUUGGAAUUAACAUUUUCAUGCAUACAAUGUUAUUGAACAA